GGUCAGGCGCACUUCAUCAAGACUGUCGAGGACCUGGCAGAGGCGCUGUUCCAGAGCGGCCCCUCCAUCAAGUUCGGCCUCGCCUUCUGCGAAGCCUCGGGCGACCGCCUCGUGCGGUAUGAUGGCAACGACGAGGCGCUGGUCGAGCUGGCCAGGAAGAAUGCGCUGGCCAUCGGCGCCGGCCACAGCUUCAUCAUCUUCCUGAAGGAUGCGUUCCCAAUCAAUGUGCUGAAGGCUGUCUCAAGCUGCCCCACGGUGUGCCGCGUCUACUGCGCCACAGCCAACCCCACGGCCGUGGUGGUGGGCAGGGAUGGCGGUGACCGGCGCGGCAUUCUGGGCGUGCUGGAUGGCUUCUGCCCGCUGGGCGUGGAGAACGAAGCAGACCAGCAGGCGCGCAAGGAUCUGCUGCGCAUGAUUGGUUACAAGCGUUGA